CCUGCAGUGUGUCUCCUUGCACACAAGCAUGCUGACACAUCUUUCACUUUCCUCUUGUUCCAGAUCCCAGCUGUGAAGCUGAAUGAACUCCUGGAGGAUUUUUACAUCACGGUGAAGAAAACAGACGGAUCAGACUUCCUAGCCACGUCCCUCCACGCUAUCCGCCGAGGCCUGGACCGCAUCCUGAAGAACGCGGGUGUGGGUUUCUCCAUCAGCAGCAGCGCCUUCAGCUCUUCCACCAAGAAGCUCAAGGAGAAGCUUAGGGUCCUGAGCAGGGCUGGGAUGUCUGGUGCCCGCUCUCGCAACGUCGUCUACUUCUCCCUUUCUGACGAGGAAGAGAUGUGGAGGACAGGAUGCCUGGGUGACAGCAGCCCCGUAGCUCUGCUGUCCACAGUGGUAAAAUACAACAGCCAGUACCUGAACAUGCGAACGUUACAGGAGCACGCGGACUUGAUGUUUGGUGACAUUGAAUUGCUCAAAGACUCCCAAAACAGGCCUUUUUUUGCCAGAACGGAUAGUGUGAAGCGAGAAAACAGGGUGAGCGCAAAUAAAGUGUGUUAUGGCCAGAUAUACCACGAGCACUCGAAAGGACACAAGCUCUGCCCUUACUGCCUCCUCUACAAGUACAUGUACGUACACCGGCCCCCAGGCCAGAUGGAGGCCAAGUCUCCGUUCUACCUGACCGCCCGGAAGGAGGUUAGUGGCAUGGGAAACGUGUGGUACGAGGAGCAGAGGAUGGGGCUCCGUUCCCUCCGCGGCAUCGUCCCCAAGCUGGCAAAGAAAGUGAAACUGGAGCACUGUGAGAAUUUUACUUUUGUCUCUUUCACUCAGGCUUCCAGGAAGUUUGGCUCUCUUAACUCCUUCCAGUAG